UGCUGUACACACUUGGGAGUUUUUUAACUCCUACUUCACAAACAACUGUGAGUGACAAGCUAAUAAGAGUCAUGUGCUGUACCAUGAAGGGAUUUCACCAAUUUGAUUGGGCCACGUACAUUGUGAAGCACUUGUGGAAAGAGAUGGGAGAUUAUGUGAAAGUGUACACAAAAGCAAAGAAAGACGAAGAUGAAGAUGAAGGAAGCUGCAAUGUGGGAGGAUGCAUCUACCUCCUGUUGUUAUAUUUUGCUGAGCACUUCCCACUAUCCAAAACUGUUGAGAGAGGGUCCCUAAAUGCCAUUCAAUUCUGGACUGAUGAGAGGAUAAGGAAGCUGGAAAAGAAGGAGAGGGAAAGCAAGAGGGGUUUACUGUAUAAGGGCAAGGGAAGUAUGGAUAGAAGUGGGAAGGAUGAAGGAAAACGCAGAAGUGUGGCUCAUUUACACCCGGAGUUACAGAAGUUGCACGGACGAUUGAUGGCUCAGAUCGAAUUAAGCACUAGGAGGCUUAUAAGUGCAAUGGAAGAUGAGCUAGAUAAGGUGCAGAUAAGGAUAGAGGAAAAUAAUGUGACCACAGAUGAUGAGGACCCUAUUGACGUCCCAGAUGAUGAUAAGGGAGAUGAUGAUGCAUUUGGCGAUGAAGACCCCAUGAUCAUGAUGGACAUGAGUCUGAUGACGAAGGGAGACGAUGAUGCAACUGGCUCAGAUAGGGGUGAUGACAUCGGUGUUGCAGCAGAAGGUGCAGACAAAGAAAUUAUGGAGUCUCCCCUGCCCUUGUCCCCCAUGGACAAGGGAUGUCAACUCCGGAGAUCGCAAAGGGAGAUGAAAUCCGCUAUCAAUUCUCCAUGGAUUUUGACAAAGCCAACUAAGAGGCGAAAGAGGCCCAUGGAUGACAAGGACCGGUUUUAUGACAUAGUUUCCCGUAUGUGUUCAAGCAAGGAGGGUGACAUGCCUUUGGUGAAAAUCUCUGAUGAAGAUAUCACUCGGGAUCAGCUAAGGACACUUGGCGGAAUUGAGAAAAUAGGUAACCGGCUGAUGUCAACUGUGUGCAAGACUCUAAUGGCUGAUAUGGAGAAGGAAGGGCAGGUGAAGCGGCACAUUUUUGAUGCUGAUUUUAUGGCAAUAAUGGCAGCUAACCCAAAGCUGUGGGAUGCUACAAAACGGAAGAAACAAUUUUUACCUGAAAAUGUAGGCUACAACAUAGGAGAAUGUGAUUUGAUCUUUGGACCCACACUUGUUGGCGCUCACUGGUUCUGUGUUGUGCUUGAGCCUAGCACAAUGAAUUUCUAUGUGCUGGACUCAAUGAAGCCAAAUUUAGAGGGUAAGAAGAAGAGCAAGAAGAAGGGUGUAAUUAUUGAUGACAUGACGACCGUCGUCACUGAAUGUAGGAAUAGAUUUUAUGACAUUAUUGAGAUAGUUAAGCCUAAUGCCACUGGGAAGAAGAAAAUGAGUGAUAUCAUUUGGGCUCCUGUUCCGCAACAAAACAAUCUGCGAGACUGCGGCGUUCAUGUAUUAAUAUGGUUGAGUAAAUGGAAGCCCGGUGAGAUACUUCACUAUACGGAUGAACAAGUGGCUGAAUUCCGACGAAACCUCAUGUGGUGGCUAGUGAAUCAUGAGCUUAAUUCAAGACGUGAUGAAGCAUUAAGCUUGCUUUCAUCAACCCAAGCCACCACACUGACCAAAAGACGCCAUCUGUGA